AUGAAGAAUUUAUCGCUUGAGCUGCUUGAAUUAAUAGCAGCUAACCAGUGCUUAUCGUCCAAAGACAAGGCAAACCUGUGUCAAGUCAAUCAUGUAUUCUACGCCACGCUAACACAUUUGCUCUACAAGCACAUCAUGAUCAGCAAUCCCAGGCAGUAUCUCUUGCUCAGAGAUGCCAUGCAAAACAAAAACCUCGCACAUUUGGUUCACCGUCUGGACUUCUCCAGCUAUACAACAAGAGGCUCGCGUUGGACAGAGGAAAAGGCCAAAUCUAUCAUUGUUGCAGAGGAAUUGGCGGAUUUAAUUGGUGGUUGUGAUCAGUUGAAAGAAUUGUUUGUUGGUGAAGAAAUGAUGCACGUUUUUGUAUCACCUAGAGUCAUUCGAUCCAUAUUCAGCCAUCAGAAUAGCCUGAGGACAAUUGAUUUUACCGGAUUCUGCGAUCGAAACUUUACCACUGUCAUGGCGGAUUUCUUCAAGCCAGUGUCACUGAGCAAGUUGGAAAGGUUGGCAUUGGAGGAGGAAGGAGGACAUGUUCAGCAGGAACAAGAGGAGCCUCUGGAGCUGAGCAACUGGUCCGUCCCAAGGAAGCUCGAAAACAUCUCGUUUUACAUGUGCAUGGCAUUAUCCCAAGAGCAUUUCUUCAUACCAUUUUUUGACAAAAUACGCGCCAGUGGAAACCAGUUGACAAGGCUUGAUCUAGCGUACACACAAAUCACAAGCAGUCUGUUUGCUCAUCUCCAAACCACGACCACACUCACCCAUCUCAAUUUGCAGGGAUGUCACUCUCUGUCAUGCUGUUCACCACUGAUACCAUUCCUACAAAACAACUGCAGCAAGCUGAUUGAACUCAAUUUGAACAUGGACUUUAAUGGCAUUGGAGGCUCUCGAUUUUGUCGCGACUGCAUCAUGAAGAUCUUGAAAUCAAUCAACCCAGCUAUACAGUCCUUAGAUAUGGGAGGACAUACCAAUUUUGAUGACCUUGUGUUCAACAAUAUGGUUGAACAGCAACAUUUCAGUCAAUUAAGACGAUUCUCUAUUGCAUACUGCCGCAAUAUCAGCUUGGAUGCAUUGGAGAGGUUCUUGGUUGAUUUACCAAACUUGUUCUAUUUGAAUCUAGCACGUACACCCCUUACAAUUGAUUUAAGUUGUCUACCACGUGUGUUGAGUAGAUUAAGCAAGAAAAUUAAGGUGAUUGAAAUCAGUCCUUUUACACCCAAACGAUAUCCUGCGCAGUUAUCUGAAUGGAAGCUUUCAAGCCAAGGCAGAAGAACUUACUAUAGCAGAGACUCUGUUGAACCCAAGUUUGUAUAUUCCAAGAAGAUGCUCAUGCUGGAUGAUCAAAUACUGUCUCCAAUGAAUAAAUACUGGUGUUAUUCAUAUUAG